CAACAUCGUCGGUCAUUUCAAAAGUUCAAAACAGUUUCAAACAGUUUGAUUUUCUUCAGUGACUAAAUUUAGGCUAAAUUCAAUCCCACUUAUUGAAUCGCACAGAACAAUAUACUCACUUCGAGAGUUAAAUCGAAAGAAAAAGAUGUCUAAACAAAAAAUUAACGGUGCUCAAAAACAAAAACUUUUAGAUUUGCUGGCGAGCAAGCCGCAGCUUCGCGCCGGCAAAUUUAAAGAAAAUUUUACCCAUAAAGAUGCACAGAGGGAAUGGGAGGAUAUAUCCCGAACACUAAAUAGUAUUCCUGGAGCCAACAAAGAUUGGAAAGCGUGGCGAAAAACCUGGCAAGACAUUUUGUCAAAGACAAAAUCUAAAACUGCCGCCAUUAAUAGAGUCAGGAGGGGUACAGGUGGAGGUCCACCUCCAACCGAGCCCCUAGAUGAAUUUGAAGAGGGAGUGGCGGCCUUUCUUCAUCAGCAUGCCAUUAGCGGGCACACAGAGUCUACGGAGUCUGUUGUCACUUUUGAAGAUGAACCAAUUAUUUAUAAUUAUGAUAUACAAACAAUUGAGCCUGUACCGUCAACGUCAGAACAACAGGACUGUUCUUCAAUACAUGAUACCAUAAUUUUGCCACCAUCUGGAUAUGAGGACUGUGCUCCAGAUGUUGUGUUACAGGCACCUCCACCUACACAAGCAAAUCGCAUAACAAAUAGUAUGUAUUAAGUAACAUAGUUUUCGUUCUCCCUUGUGAAUUAUAACAUCCUAUCCUACUAAUGUUAUAAAUGUUCAAGUUUGUGGAUGAUGUGUGUUUGGAAG